UACAGUAUCUUCUCCUCUCCUUCCACGGUUUUUUGAAUAAUCUCCGUCCUUAACAUUUAAACACCCGCCUAAACCUCCAACUACGGUCGCACUCACUCUCCGUUUCUCUCUGAGUUCACGGUAACCUUUUAUGAACUCGGAAGCACCGGAUCUCUGUCUUUCCCGGCGAUGGCGAACGGAAACUACCACGCUACAAGCAACGGCGCGGAAGCUGAGCUACCAAGGCCGGCGCUGAGCUCUUCUGCUUCGUUCAAGGCGCGAAAGCCGAAGCCGAGCGUUUAUUCCGCCAUUUCGCGAGCUGGCUCUGACGUCGAUGAUAUUAUCACUCUCCUACACGGCUCCGAUCCCGUCCGCGUCGAGCUGAGCCGUCUGGAAAACGAAGUCCGAGAUAAAGAUAGGGAACUUGGGGAGGCACUUGCAGAAAUAAAGUCCUUGAGGAAUUCAGAGAGGCUCAAAGAGAAGGCAGUUGAAGAGCUGACAGAUGAGCUAAAAAAGGUGGACGUAAAGCUUAAAGCAACUGAAGCUCUUCUGGAGAGCAAGAACCUUGAGGUUAAGAAGAUAAACGAUGAGAAAAAGGGCGCUUUGUCCGCACAAUUUGCUGCAGAAGCCACACUUCGCAGAGUCCAUGCUGCACAGAAAGACGAUGAGAUGCCUCCUAUUGAAGCUAUCAUCACUCCUUUGGAAGCCGAACUUAAACUUUCUAGAAUGGAGGCAGCAAAAUUGCAAGAGGACAAGAGAGCACUUGAUCGACUAACAAAAUCUAAAGAAGCUGCUUUACUUGAAGCUGAGAGAACUGUAGAGAUUGCUGUGGCAAAAGCUUCCUUGGUUGAUGAUCUGCAGAACAAAAAUCAAGAGCUAAUCAAGCAGAUUGAAAUAUGCCAGGAGGAAAACAGAAUCUUGGAUAAAAUGCAUCGGCAAAAGGUUGCCGAGGUUGAAAAACUAACCCAAACUGUUCGCGAGCUGGAGGAAGCUGUUCUGGCUGGAGGGGCCGCGGCUAAUGCAGUGCGGGAUUACCAACGAAAAGUACAAGAAAUGAAUGAGGAUAGGAAAACUCUGGAGCGGGAAGUAGCUCGUGCGAAGGUUUCUGCAAACCGGGUUGCCACUGUGGUUGCAAAUGAGUGGAAAGAUGGCAAUGACAAGGUUAUGCCAGUAAGGCAGUGGCUUGAAGAAAGAAAAUUUUUUCAGGGGGAAAUGCAACAACUUAGAGAUAAGCUGGCAGUAGCUGAGCGCACAGCAAAGGCUGAAGCCCAAAUGAAAGAAAAAUACCUACUACGGUUUAAGGUUUUGGAAGAAAAGCUUAAAGCGUCCACUAGUAAUUCCCGCGCUGCCUCCGAUGGAAGAAGUAUAAACAAUGGGCGUUCACGACGGCAAUCGCUUGGCGGGGCUGAGAAUUAUUCACACUCAUCCUCCAAUGGCUAUUUAUCUAAGAAUUUGUUCAAUUCACAGUCUAGGUUAUUGCGAUCCAACAGUGCCAGCACGUUAUUAAGAAAUGCCAAGAUGUCUUCAGGAUCAUUUGAUGGGGGGAGUAGGUCACUAGAUAAAGAUAUGCCAAGGCAAGUGGAGACUGGGAAUGGCAAUGCACAUGUUAGUGCCAAUGAGGUCCAAAUCACAGAGACAGCUGCCACAGAUAACGAAAGUGCCAAUGGAACAGCAAGUGCAAAAUCAAAGACAGAACAAGAAGAUCAUGUUUCAGGGGUGUUGUAUGACAUGUUGCAGAAGGAGGUUAUAAUUCUGAGGAACUCCUGUCAUGAAAAAGACCAAAGCCUGAAAGACAAGGAUGAUGCAAUUGAGAUGUUGGCAAAGAAGGUUGAAACAUUGAACAAAGCAAUGGAAGUUGAGGCCAAAAAGAUGCGUAGAGAAGUGGCUUCCAUGGAAAAGGAAGUCGCUGCAAUGCGAGAAAGCAAGGAGCAUGAUAAGAGGACACGUCGCACCAGUGCGCCCAGAGGUUCUCAGCUACUUUCUGCAAGGAACACGCGAAUUCCGUAGACAAUCCACACAAAUGACAUGCAAAUAACAGAGAAAAAGGCACCUCUGGGUUCUUUGAUCUUGCAACUGGCAGUGGCAGAUGAAUAGUACUUGUCUUGAAUUCCCACUCUUUCCCCUCUGUCUCAGUCCCCUUAAGCAGCCUCAUCCAUGCAGGUAGUCCAUUUGUAAAGAACUGACGGUAGGUUCCCCGCUUGUAUAUUGUUUUGUAUUUACUCUCCACAUUAUGAGUCACCAAUGUCAAAGUAUGCUAUGACAAAUCCAUAUAAAAACUUAUUUUAACCGAACAAAGGAUAACUUAGUA